AUGCGAGAAGAUGGUGCCACGUACCGCAUGUGGAUGCAAUUACGAUCUCCCUAUUACAUUUGUAAUGCUGUAUUUUUGCUCAUGUAUAUGCCAAUUCGCUAUCAUCACACUGGCGAGGCAUUGCUUCAGCGAGAAAAAUUUCUAAACUUGACCUUGCUGCCCCCAAAUACGCGAAUGCAAAUGCUGUGGUUGGACUUCAGACCACUGCGGCGUGCAGUGGUGCUGAAAUCCACGUACACGCUGAAAGUCUUUUGGUUACCGUGA